CCCUUUUGAUGUCAUGAACUCCAUAGACUGGUUUCCCUGAUCUCUAGAUCAUUUUUCUUCAUCGAGUCGUCGUACGUCUUGUUACAUAAGGUAUCUCUCAUUGCAGUCAUGGCUGAGAUUUCAAUGUCUAAUACUAACAACACCAAUGGGUCUUACUCAAACCGGACGAAUUCUUCUGUACCAAGCGCUAUUGUUCCAAUCAACGAUCUAAACUCGUCCGGAAACAAUAACGAUCACCACGUACCAUCAAUAACCAACAAAGAAUACAGCUCUUGUUUCUCUUUACCAUUCUUCCAGAAAUUGAUUGCCGAAGGAAUUGGAACAUUUUUCAUGAUAUUCGCUGGAUGUGCUGCGGUAAACGUGAAUUUAAACAAUGAUAAGGUUGUGACUUUGCCUGGAAUUGCUCUAACUUGGGGACUUGCUGUGAUGGUGAUGAUUUAUGCUCUUGGAUAUAUUUCUGGUGCCCACUUUAAUCCUGCUGUGACUACCUCCUUUGCCACUUGUGGUUGCGGAAAGUUUCCAUGGAAACAGGUACCUGGUUAUGUAUUAGCUCAAGUUGCUGGUUCAACGCUUGCAAUUGGAACCUUAAGACUAUUAUUCCAAGGGAAUCAGGACCAUUUCCUGGGAACAUCACCGGCUGGAUCAAAUAUGCAGUCCUUAGUUCUUGAGUUUAUCACUACUUUCUACCUCAUGUUUGUAAUCUGCAGUGUCGCUACAGAUAGUAGAGCAGCAAGAAAAUUUUCCUUUACCCAUUUGAUUUUACAUUUUUCAUCGCCUAGCUAUAUCUUUUACGUAGUUCAUCGUGUAUUGGUUAAUUUUGUGCAGGUAGGACAACUUGCGGGACUCGCUAUAGGAUCUACCGUAAUUAUAAACAUACUUUGCUCUGGGCCAAUUAGCGGGGCAUCGUUGAAUCCAGCGAGGAGUUUGGGGCCAGCGCUCGUAUUUAACCGCUAUGAAGGGCUAUGGAUAUACAUAAUCGGCCCCAUCUGUGGAGCUAUAGCAGGUUCUUGGACUUACAGCUUCAUCAAGAAUGACUGUGCCAUACGAAAACUAGGAUCAAAAUUCUACUGAAACAUGAAAUCUCGUGUAAAUCUAAAAGUCUAGUUGUUCAUUCGUCAUUUUGCUGGUUCAAAAAAUAUUUGCAGCUUUACUACUAUUUCCAAACGGGCAAUAAGCUGUUGAUUGUAAGAUACUAAUUAGUGAAAUGUUUUUUUUCUUUAAAACAAUUCAAUUAAUGAUGGUGAAUUUUUUUUGUUU